AUGUGUGCGUACCCCUGGCAGCCCCUGCGAAUUGAAUCGCUCGCUGCCAUUAAACCCACUUCAGGUGUCUCCCUCCUUCUUUCAUAUAAGAUGAGUGGCGGUGGAAGUGGUGGGUUAAAGAAAAUAUUGGCAGUGGCGGUGACCAAAGGAGUGGAGGAGGCGCGGGCUAGGAUAUUUGGUCACGUACUUAACCCAACUGGCGUAAAAUCUUCUCACAAGAUUUUACGAAAGAAACUCUUUGGUGAGAAAGUGGCGCAAUGGUACCCUCAUGAUAUAUCAAAAGAUGACCCUCUUAUCAUGGCUGAUCGAGAAAAAGAGCGGUUAUCAAAGCUUUCAAUGUUGAAGCGUCGUGGAAAGGGACCACCCAAGAAGGGACAAGGAAGGGGUGCUGUGAAGCGUAACAAGGCGAAAUGA